AUGUCGAUUUUUAAAAGAUACUUUUCUAGAUUUAUAAAUAAUACAUCAAAAAAAACUGCAAGAAAAAAUUUUCAUAAAAACUUAGCAAAUUAUAAAAAUACAACAAAUAAUAUUACAAAUCAAAAUGAGAAUAACAAAUUAAGUAGGGGUGGAGGAUUAUUAAGUACUUUUUAUGAAAGUUUUAUAUAUGGUUGUGGGUUUUUUUUAAGUAACAGAUUACUGGAUCAAAUAUUUGGAACUAGGCAUUAUGAUACUUAUAGUAAUAAUACAGAUAACUAUAUGAAUGAAAAUCAUGACGGUUAUACAAAUCAAAAUCAAAAUAAUUACGCAGAUGAAAAUUUUUAUAACAAUGAUUCUACCAUUGACGAUAGUGACUUUAAGCAAGAUAUAGGACUUGAUGAUGAUACUUUUGAAAUUUAA